UAUACUUGUGUGUAUUUUGGCUGCUGUGUAUAUUUUGUGUUGUGUAUUUGUGCUGUGCUGUGUUAUUUUGUGCUGUGUAUACUUGUGUAUAUUUUGUGCUGUGUAUACUUGUGUAUAUUUUGUGCUGUGUAUACUUGUGUAUUUUGCUGUGUAGAAGCCAGUGCUUUUGGUGGUGAGCCAAAUGCGGGUAGGACGUACAACUCCCUGUAUCAGACAGUGGAGAAGCAGCCUUCUGAUGGAAAGAUAGAGAAAUAA